AUCCCUUAACUACGCUAAUCGCUUUUCACUGGAUAUAGUGCCAACGUAGAGUGAAGUCGGUCGAGUAUUUGAAAUCGGAGUUUAUCUUUCGAAAAAAAAUAAGCUCUCUUGGAAUAUAAUUCAAAAUGCCUUUGCCUAAGAAUGGCAAGAGUAUUUUAAUGACUCCAGACCCUUAUCACACUCCGGGAUAUGGAGGAUUCUGUCCACAAUUCAAAUACCAAAUAGGAGAAACAUUCGGUAAAACAACUUCCAAAUUGCUACGGAAUGACGCUGUGGCCAGUUCCGGUCAGUUGGUGUUAGCAGAGAUUCGCGCAAACUCCGCACCAUGUCCAGAAACUGACACUAGGUCGGAUCUUCUCAAGUCUCGAACGCAUAGCUGGGGAGAUCAAAAGUUGAUGGAACAAAUGGUACCCGGCUACACAGGAUUCAUUCCUCGCAGUGAGCAUUUCUUCGGCAAGCGUUACGCUGUCAACUGUAAAGGUGCUAUCACAGAUUUUGAAGGUGACCAUAGAAAACAUAAACAAAAUGCUGAAGAACUUCGGUUAACAGAAGCUAUACAAUCAGGAAAACUUGAUAAAACUGCUGUUCCUAACCUCCCACCUAUUCGCAGCAGAUACAUUACCCCGUUGAAACCAACAGCAGCAGAGGCGAAACCUUAUAUUUCGCCUAGUAUGGUAAGGAGUGCAGAAUCUCCCUUCUACAUGGCAGACGACAACGAGAUGAAGAGAUUUAUGUCAGGAUAUACCGGUUUUGUUCCACGUGCGAGACCCCGUCUAGGUAUGGGUUAUCCUAUUAUCACCCACGACGCCCUGAAUGAGUUCACAUCCGACACAAACCGUCUGAAGAACCUGCAAUCCGAGGCAAUUACAAUCCACCGUCCGGAGAACAAAGUCCAAGACACAAAACUCAUUUAUCCAGUAGAAAGCGGGCUUGUACCUCAUUAUACUGGUCAUAUACCAGGUCAAAAAUUCCGGUAUGGUGGCACAUUUGGACACAGUACAGAAAAUGCCAAAACAUCAGAGCUUCGAGCAUCAGUGUGUUGAUUUGGUUUUACGGACAUUUUAAUUUCAUUUAAAAUUAUCUGAAAAUUACUUACGAGUAUUUUAAGUAUGUGUUACACACACAUUCAAACAAGUAUUAUAAUAUACUGUUCAGAGAUAUUUUUAUGACUGUAUUAUAUAUGUUUUGUUCAAUUAAAACAACUUCUCAAAAUUAUGUAACAUUACAGAGUUUUUCCCUAUCAUAAUCAAGCAUUGUAUGAAAUUGUGUGCAAUUUAUUAUUAAUAAUAAAACAUAUAUAGAUUGUUAUGUAGUAGAUCUGUUAAGUAUUAUUUAAUAUGUUUACAUAUUUUAUAGACAGUGAAACAUUCUAUAGUUUAACAUGGCCAGUUGUAAUAAAUAAUGCACUAAAUUUAUAUAUUUUGACAUGUUUUCUACUAAGGUAAUUCCAGCAGAACUGUUUCUGAAAUACUUCUUCAUCUUAAACAUAAUUAUAUUUUAUUAGUUUGAUUAUUUCUAUUUCAAUAAUUUGUUAACAGUAAUCCAAUGUGUAGAAGACUGACAAAACUUUCAUGUUCCCACAAUAGGAUAGAUAAUGGCCACAUAAUAAAUAAACUAGAAAUUACUUAUUUUUACAAUGAUGAUAGUUAUCACACAACUUAUCUGUGUAUAAUAUUCUAGGAUUGACUUUUCACUGACCAAUGCUCAUACUCUGUGAUAAUGUUUUUUUCAUGUUUUGAUUAAACUGUUUAAAUAACUUAU